AGUCUCCACAGGACAGAGUUUGCAGUGUUGAGGAAUCAAACAUCUCUUCAGUGACUGCAGACAGACUCAGUGAUGCCCGUCCUGAAGAGAGAAACAGCCGAAGCCCACAGCCACUGCAAUAUGCUGCUCAAACUCCCUGUGCCGGACCUGCAGCACACACUGGACGCCUACCUAAGAUCUGUCAAACACCUUGUUUCUGAAAAGCAGUUCCAAAAAACCAAAGCUAUAGUGGAGACAUUCGGCAAACACGGAGGUGUUGGAGAAAGGCUGCAAAAACUGCUGCUAGAGAAAAGAGAAAAGACCGAAAACUGGGUGUUCGACUUCUGGCUGGAAGACAUGUAUCUGAAGAACAGACUGGCGCUUCCCGUGAACUCCAGUCCAGCGCUGGUUUUCCCCAAACAAUCCUUCAGAGACAUUAAAGAGUCUCUGGUGUUUGCUGCUCGUCUCAUUCUAAGUGUUUCUCAAUACAAGGCGGCGGUGGACGGGAAGACUCUGCUGGUGGACGUCGCUCGUGGUCAGAAGGCUGACAUACCGCUCUGUAUGGAUCAGUACAAGCGUCUCUUCAGCACUUACAGACGGGCCGGACUCGAGCAGGACACACUCAUCACAGCGGACAGCGCGUCUGACACGGGACACGUCAUUGUGGCCUGUAAAAAUCAGUUCUUUGUGCUGAAUCUGAUGGAAGGAAGCUGUAAACUGAAUGAGGCGGAUGUUCAGGCUCAGCUGGAGUGGAUCUAUGAGCAGACGCUGAGCGCUGAGCAGAAGCAGCCGGCCGUGGGACUGCUGACCGCAGAGGACCGGACGGACUGGGCCCGAGCCAGAGACCAGCUGCUCAAAGAUCCAGUGAACAGAGAGUCUGUGGAGCUGAUGGAGCGCUGCGUGUGUGUCGUCUGUCUGGAUGAUCCCGCGGGACUCGAACCCAGCGACGCCAACAGAGCUGCCCUGAUGCUGCACGGAGGAGGACAUGAUAAAAACGGAGCAAACCGCUGGUACGACAAACCCCUGCAGUUUGUGAUCGGUGCAGACGGUGUUUGUGGGGUUGUGUGUGAGCACUCGCCGUUCGAGGGCAUCGUUCUGGUGCAGUGCACUGAACACCUGCUGAAAAACAUACGGAACAGCUCCUGUAAGCAGAGCUCCGCUCGGAGCGCGUCUGAACUUCCUCACCCGCACAGAUUACUGUGGAAGUGUUCCCCUCGGACUCAAGGUGCGCUGGCGUCUGCUGCGGAUCACCUGCACAGACUCAUGAGAAAUCUCGACAUGAAUGUUUUCACGUUUGCGGUUUAUGGGAAGGAGUUCAUCAAGCAGCAGAAGAUGAGUCCUGACGCCUUCAUACAGCUGGCUCUGCAGCUGGCCUUCUACAGAUGUCACAGAAGACCCGUGUCCACCUACGAGAGCGCUUCUCUCCGCCGCUUCCGGCAGGGACGCGUGGACAACAUCCGCUCCAGCACUCCUGAGGCGCUGGCGUUCGUGAAGGCCAUGACAGACGGAGGAACAUCCACUCAGGACACAGAGAAGAUGGAGAAGCUGCGAGCGGCUGUAGAUGCUCAGAGUAAAGUCACAGCUCUGGUGAGAGAAUACAGACGGCUGACGUCACGGAACAGCUCCUGUAAGCAGAGCUCCGCUCGGAGCGCGUCUGAACUUCCUCACCCGCACAGAUUACUGUGGAAGUGUUCCCCUCGGACUCAAGGUGCGCUGGCGUCUGCUGCGGAUCACCUGCACAGACUCAUGAGAAAUCUCGACAUGAAUGUUUUCACGUUUGCGGUUUAUGGGAAGGAGUUCAUCAAGCAGCAGAAGAUGAGUCCUGACGCCUUCAUACAGCUGGCUCUGCAGCUGGCCUUCUACAGAUGUCACAGAAGACCCGUGUCCACCUACGAGAGCGCUUCUCUCCGCCGCUUCCGGCAGGGACGCGUGGACAACAUCCGCUCCAGCACUCCUGAGGCGCUGGCGUUCGUGAAGGCCAUGACAGACGGAGGAACAUCCACUCAGGACACAGAGAAGAUGGAGAAGCUGCGAGCGGCUGUAGAUGCUCAGAGUAAAGUCACAGCUCUGGCCGUCACGGGGAUGGGGACGGACAAUCACUUACUAGGACUGCGUGACAUUGCCAAGGAGAUGAAAAUGGAGACGCCAGACAUAUUCUCUGAUGAAACGUACCACAUCAGUAACCACUUCAUGCUGUCAACCAGUCAGGUUCCCACCGCAGAGGAGAUGUUCUGCUGCUAUGGUCCGGUGGUUCCUGACGGUUACGGCGUGUGUUAUAACCCUCGGCCCGCUCACGUGCUGUUCUGUGUGUCCAUCAUCUACACUGUGAUCCGGGUGUCACGUCGUGCUGAGUUCCUCGAGCGUCUGUGA